CUGCUUGCGCCCUCGCCCCCCGCCCCGCCGCCGCCGCCGGGCAGCGUCAUGGCCGCGUUCGGCGACUGGGUCGCGGCACUGCCUCUGCAGGUCCGCGAACACCUCACCGCGCAGGGGCUGGACGACGCCGCGCUGGUCGUGGACAGCGUCUCGCCGCAGUUCCUCAAGGGCGAGAACGGCGCCACCGUCACCAAGACCGUGGACGUCGCGUUCCUGGAGGCCAUCGCAGCCGCCUGCGACAGCGUCAAGCCCGGCACCGGGGCUUAUGCCAAGGUCCGCCAAUUCUACGAGAAGUGCUACAAGCACUGCGAGAAAGACGCCACCGCGGGCAGCGCUCCCGAGGCCACGCCGGUCGAAGCGCGCGACCCGACCGCGGAGGAGUACUACGAGCUCAGCCCGGAAUACCGCAAGCAGCGACUCCAGGCGCUAAACACGGCGCGGCGCUGCGAAGUGGACUCUGGCCGCAUCCCGUCCAUGCGGAUGUGGGGCCGGUGGGAACGCCUCCGCCGAGUCAACCCGGAGUUCGAAGCUGUCGCGGCCACUAAGGUCCAGUCCGACGCAGCAGCCCGCGCCCGGCCCGCCGCGGCCGAGCUCAAACCCGGCGUCGGCGGAGUCCUCGCCUGGCGCAUGCCCGCAAUCUCCGAGGCGCCGGCCGGCGGCCUCGUCGAGCUCGAGGAGGCGUGCUACCUCAUUGAGAACCUGCUCUUCCUUUGCGGCUGGGUCAAAGACAUCGACUGCCUGGUGACCUUCCACGAGCGGUUCUGGAGCCGCGUCCGGCGCUCCAGGCAGCCCAUGCCCGGCUACCGCCCCAUGACGCUCACGGAGGUGCAGCACGCGCUGUGCCUCUUCCAGAGCCAGUGGGCAAAAGCAAGCCGGAACGCCGACCAGCUGGACGCCACCGUCCGCAGUUCCCUGCCAGCGGACGCCGACGAGCUGGACGGCCGGCUCGCGCUCGCGCCGCGCCAAGCCGGCCACUCCGGCCCCGGCCCAGCCAUCGCGACAGGCGCUCCCCUCGACGGCAGUGGCGAAAGCCUCCCGAAGCGCCCCCGCCUCACCCGCGGCGAGCGCCGCGAGCGGGCCGCCGCCGCAGCCGGCUACCCAAGCGCCCCGGCCCAGCCCCCCAAGGGCAAAGGCAAGGGCAAGAGCAAGGGCAAGGCCACGCCACCCGCAGAGCCCGCCCGGCGCGCCCCCAAGGGCGACCUGUGCUGGCACUUCAGCAACGGGAAGACUUGCAAGCAUGGCGACGCGUGCUGGUUCCGCCACGCUUGCCGCGGCGACGACGCGCACCCCGCGACCGCGCCUGGCACGCGUGGCCCUCAGCGCGUGCCCGCCGCCGCACCGCCACCCCACGCCGCCCGGGCUCCACCACAAGCAUGCCCCGCCGGGUGCGGAAUCACCGUGGUCGAACACGCCGCCAGGCUCCGCGAUCCGGUGACCGAGCAGGAGUUCGAGGGCGUCGACCAUGCCCAGCAGGCACCCUUUGCCCCGCCGCCCCGCAUCCCGCGUCGCCCGGGGCCUGUGCACCCAGACACCAUCCCCUGGUACGGGGACGCCGCAGCGGCACCGGCCCGGCACCUCGGCGCGACCCGCCAGUGCGGCAAAGCAGCCACGCAAGUGCAGCGCACCAUCACGCCGGUCCAGCACAUCGACCAGGCGUGGGACCAUGCGAACGGCCAACCAUCGGCCGCGUGGGCGGAACCGCCGACCGCACCCCUGGCGGCCCCCAUCCGCAGCGCACUGCUCUGGGCGCGCGAUUGCCCGGACUACGAGCAGUGGGUCAUCGGGCAGGUACAUUACUGGAAACGCGUCCAGGCCUCGCUUGCGGACGCCACGCGUGCCUGGCGAGCGGGCCUAUCCUCCCACGUCCGCGACGUGCUACCGCCAGAAUACAACGGGCCGCUACACCGGGAGCUACUUCUGGCAUCGGGGCACGAGGACACCGAUGUCAUUGCCGACAUAAUGUCGGGAUUUCGGAUGCGAGGCGUCCUGCCCGACACGCAGCUGUUCGAGAACGUGGAGAGCACCGACCUGCCAGACGCCGCUGCGCUGGACCGCGCGCUCGAGCAUGCGCUCGAUUCCAGAGACUCCAUGCUACUGGAGAUGCUCCAGAAUUCCAAGCGCGAACCGGACAUGGCUGAAGUGCUCCGGGUCACACAGGAGGAAUGCGCAGCUGGCAAGCUGGACGGCCCGUGGGAGGUGUGGCUCGACGCCGCCGGGCGCGUCAACUCCACAGUGCCCUUCGCCCGCUGGCUACCGACGCGCCGCUUCCCCCGCGUCCAGAGCCGCACCGCCACCUCCUACAAAGUUCGCCCCAUCGACGAUGCGACAGCGAGCGGCCUCAACCUGGCUGUCGCCACCCAGGAGCGCAUGCGCAUGGCCGGCCUGGUCUCGCUCCUCGACGCCGCGUCCUUCAUCGCCGAGACCUUCAGCGACUGGGGCGCCGACGGCGUGCCGCUCAUCGCAAAGGGUGACCACGCCCAAGCUUACCGGCAAUGGCCGGUGCACCCCGACGACGUGCCCCUGCUGGUCUGCCUCGUCUGGGACGACAGCGUCGGGCACGCGGGCGGCUACCGGGCCUACGCGCACAAAGCCCUCCCUUUCGGCGCCUUUGGGGCAGUGUGGGGGUACACGCGAGUCGCCGCCAGCGUGAACCACCCCCUCCGACGAAUUUUCAGCGUGCCGCAGAACGCGUACGUGGAUGACUUCCACCGCGCCUCGCCCGCCAGGUGGGCCGCCCUCCACGAAUGGGUAUUCCAUGAGCUGCACACCAUGCUCGGGAUCCCGCUUAAGGAGGGCAAGAACCAAGGCCCCGCAGCCGUGCUGGACCUGCUAGGCCUGGACGUCAUCUCCACUCAACGCUGGGCAGGCCUGCGCCUCACCGCCAAGCGCCGCGCCGCGCUGUCCGAUGACGUGGACGCCGCCCUGCGGGCACAGCGCCUCAGCAAACGCGUCGCUGCCAGGCUGGGCGGCCAGCUUGGCUUCGCCACCUCGGCGAUGUUCGGCCGCAUUGGCCGCGCCUACACCUCACCCGUGUCAGCGCACGCCGGAGGCUGGUCUCGCCGCCUCACUCACGCCCUGUCCUGGUGGAAAGCGCUUCUACAGUGCCCGCUGUACCACAAGCGCGUCCACGGCACGGACCGCCCCGUCGUCAUCGGGUGGGUCGAUGGGUCCUGGGACAUGGAAGCCGGGGUCGGCAAGAAGCAGCGGAACACCCAAUCCGAGCUGCUCGCCGUGCUCGUCCUGCUGCUGACGUGCCCUGAGGUAGUGCGCGGCGCCCGAUUGGUCUUGUUCGAAGACAACACUCCCGCCCUGGAGAACAUCCGCCGCGGCGCAGCAGGCGACGACGACAGCGUUGCCAUCGUCGGCGCCAUCUGGCUCCUACUCGGCGUCCUCGGCACAGAACUCUGGAUCGAGUGGGUCGCGUCGGAAAGCAAUCCCGCGGACUGUUUCUCCAGACCCGACGAGCCCGACAAGCAGGCAGAGGCCGCGGCUCUCGCGCAGCGCUACCACCUCCGGGCGGCCGAGCCCCGGUUCCCAGCGACCUUCCACAUGGACGCCGGAGCCUGGGCAGCGGCAGUCUCCGCCGCACAGGAGGAUUGGGCGCACAACGACCGCAGCCACCGCGCACGCACCGCGCUUCGCCUCAUGGCAGUAGACGCGGGCACCCUCGCCGCACUGCUCGCCGCCAUCGCCUUCGACGCGGACGACAAGCAGAUUACCCUGGGCUGGAUCCGCACCAGGCGGGCCGGCGCUGUGGCCGCGGCCACGCACUUCCACGCAGACCUGCUGCGGCUGCUCUGCCUCGCCGCUCGGCCGCACGUCAGCGGCCAAGGCGCCACGACCGUCAUCCUGCGCAAGGCGGCGUGGCCCCGCGCGCCGACCGGGGCCGUGAGAUGCACAGCCACAGCCGUCAUCGAGGGCGCCGGUAGCACCCGCGCACCCGCCGCGCGGUGGUGGCCGUGCGCGCCCGCGCCAGACACUGCGGUCUUCGCGGAGAACGGCGUCGCCAUCGGGUUCUACGUGGUGGGCAUCGCUGGCGCCAAGGAGCGACGCCAAGCCGCCCCGCUACGCAAGCUGGGACUGGAAGCUGCGGGCGCCG